GGAACAACGCACGCGCUGUUGUUGCUGCUUGCGUCGCUGUCGCUGCUUGCGUCGCUGCCUGCGUCGAUCCACUCGACUGCGCGCCUGCGCAGGAAAUUGCCAAGUCGAGAAGCGACUGGCAGCCAACAACGCAGUUCAGUCGAGACGCAGUUGUCGUGGCAAGCACAACAGUUUGUAGAACAUUACGUUAAAGUGUCCCUCACAGUGACAGUGACUGUGAUCAGUGACCGUGAACAGUGACAGUGAAAAAGAUUGAAGUACAGUGCGGCCAUGUCAAUGCACAAUUAUACGAAUCCGGCAUUUUGCCAGAACAGCGAGUUCUAUCCGGUUCCCUCGAGCAAUCGUGUCGAGUCCAUUUACAAUCGCAGCCUGCAGCUGAAUUUUCAGGCGGGUCAAGUGGUGCCGCCGCCAUGUCGUGAUCCACGCGAGGGGCCGCUCCGCAUGCAGCGUAGCAUGUCGACGCGUUCGGUGACGCGUAAACAGUACCAACAGCAACAACAACAACAACAAUUGCAGCUGCAACACCCGCAACAACAACAACUACAACUACAACAACACCAACAACAACAGUCGCAGAGCGGACGCUAUGCCUUGGUGCCUCUCGAGGAGCUGGGUGCAGUUGGCAGUCGUUAUGCCAUUGUGCCUGGCCAGGCAGCUCAGCGUCUGGCCAGAUCGCAGGAUAAUCUCGAUCGUUAUGGCUCACGGCAAGGCCUGCAGUCGGAUGAGGAGCCACAUUCGUUCCAUGAGGAGCCACAGCAGCAGGAGACACAAUUCGCCAGCUUGCCGCCCACUUUGAAUUCGCUGCCAGUCAAGCCUCCGGCAAAGAUUAAACACGCCUUCUCCAGCGACUUUGGCAGCAAAACUUUUCUGAUUGUGGACAAGAACAGCAAUCAGCGUUAUCAAAUGGUGCCCACGGCGGAGGAUGAGGAGCUGGUGGAUGAGAAUCAGGAGAUCAUACAGAUGCACAAUGGACGUGCACAUCGCUAUGCGGUGAUUCCCACUGAAGCGGAUGAUGAGGAUCUGGCCGAGGAGUCCUCCCACAUCCAGCAGGAAACCUGCCUCAGCAACACGGAGCUGAGCCAACAGUUCAAUAUGCGCACAUCGACGCCGCAGCAGCGAAAUGCGGCAGCUGCCACACGAGCGCUGCACGAACUGUUGACGACACCACGCAAAAUGCAACCACCACCGCGUCUAGCACACUCCACGCCCCGCAAUGCGGCACACCACGAGCAGCUGCAACGCGAGCGGCAAUUACAACUCUACCAGAGUCAACAGCACAUCAACUUGCACCGUCAGACGACCGUCUCCGUCGCACCGUCCCCCGCUCUGCCCCUGCGCCAGCAGCGACUCUCGCCACAGCGGCUGCACUACGAGACGGUGAAGCCAGCCACGCCACAAGUUGUGGCAAGCGAUCGCUCCAUGGCGGUGAUUAGUCCCCGAGUGCAGGAACAGGAUCUGAGCAGUCUGCAAGGCAAGUCUGGCAAUGGGCACAACUCGUAUCCACAGAAGGUGGCAAAUGCCACCAUCACAUUGGCCAUUGUCUCGCUGAUGCUCGUCUUGGGCAGCACCAUGAAUGCCGGACUCAUUAUCUAUAUGAUAGCGCACUUUGGCAAGUCCUUUUACCUGCAGUUUGGUCUGGUUGCCUCUUUCUGUGGCAUCGGACUCGGUUUCCUUGGCUUUCGGUCGCGGCAUUGCGAGUGGUUGCCAAAUCGCAGCUACACCUCUGGCUACAUCUUGGUCACCAUCUUCUGCCUCUUUAAGUGUUGUGGCCUGCUGCUUAUUCUCGUCCUGGAUCCGUUUCCUGGUCUGCCGUUGCACGAUGUCACCACUGGCGUCAUCUUGGGAUUGUCCACCUUUACCAUGUUCUUCAUUGGCCUCGGCGUCAUUGGCAGCUUGUGGUGCUAUCGUCCACCACCGGAUAACCGCGUCAAUGUGGCUUAAGCACCAGUUUCUAUUUUUAGUCUAGUUCUUAAUUAGCUUAAGCUUUUAGUUUUAUUUCCAGCUAGCAACACCCGGAACGGCUAAGAGACCAAAAAAAUGUAUUAAUAAUUCAACAGACGCGAAAUUCCUUUCAGCGAAUUUUGUUCUCAAAGACUGUAAAUAUUUUAUAAUAAUAGGAAUCUCAUUUGGGAUCCGUUAAUUUAAACGCAUUUAUUGUUAAAUCAAUUUUAAAUUAUUGUUCAAAACUUAAGAUAAGACAUUAUGCACCAAAACAUGGAAACACCAAUAAAUAUUAUACAACAAAAGCGCACGAAA